CUUCCAUGCAUUCACUACAUUCAGUAAAGCCAAAACAAACCCAUCGUUAAUUUAGUUUCUCUUCUACUGCCGCUUUAUAUAUAUAUAUAUAUAUAUAUGGCAUCCGAAGAGGAAACGUUCACACUGCCUCUUCCUGUUCUGAAGUAUUCAAACCGGGUGGCAUUGAAAACCCUAUUUGGUCGCAAGGAUGGAGGGCUGGGACUAGUUGGCGAGAGAAUUGUGAUUGGGGGCUGGGUGAAGUCUUCCAAGGAAAUAAAGAAAGAAGCAGCAGAGCCGAUUCCGUCCGAAGGGGGUAGCAGUGCUGUGGAAGAACCAAAAAAAGUGACCUGUGUUAAGAUUCUUCAAUCGAUCUUUAGGGUUUUUGCUGGAACUACUACUUACCCUGCAGCACAAAGUCUAGAACCUGUGGCGGUUUCUAGCCUGCCUUCAGAAGCAAUUUUGCGUGUUAGUGAUGGUUCAUGCGUUGCAGGUCUUCAGGUUCUGGUGGAGUCAUCCGUGGCUCGCCCUAGUCAACUUCUGCCUACUGGGACCUGUAUUUUAGCAGAAGGUGUAGUAAACCAAACGCAGGUACCGGGAAAGCAUGUGAUUGAGCUGAAGGCAGACAAAAUUCAGCACAUUGGGAUCGUGGAUGACCACAAGUAUCCACUAUCAAAGAAACGAUUACCAUUGUAUAGUUUAAGGGACUGUCCCCACUUCCGACAAAGGACUACAACAGUUGCAUCUGCCAUGAGAAUUCGCAGUGCCACGACCUUUGGAGCUUAUACGUUCCUUCAAAACAAUGGGUUCCUACAUGUGCACGUCCCCAUCAUCACCGCCACAGACUCUGAGGUAUCUAGCAAAAAAUUUCAGGUUACAACAUCCCUUUUAGACAAUUGCAGGAUGACCAGAAAAGAAGCAAAAGCCACCAGUGAUAGUACCGAAGGUGUUAGCCUUGAAGUUCUUAAAGCUUCUGCAAAGAAGAAAAACACACUGGUUGAGGAGCUCGAGAGAAGUGAAAGCAAUAAGGAAGCAGCAGCCGCUGCACGCCAGGAUUUACAGAAAACAAACGAUCUGAUAUCCCUGUUGGAAGCAAAUACAAAAUCUAGUCUUGAAACUUCACAUAAUUGUGACAAAGUUGAUUAUUCAGAUGACUUCUUUUCUUGCCAAGCUUAUCUCACAGCUUCUGGCCGCCUUCAUCUGGAGAGUUAUGCAUGUGCUCUUGGGAAUGUUUACUCUUUUGGACCUAGAUUUCGAGCAAACAUUAUCCCAGAAUCUGAAAACCAAGUGGCAGAGACGUGGAUUCUUGAGAUUGAAAUGGCAUUUUCACAAUUAGAGGAUGCCAUGAAAUGUGCAUGUGAUCUUUUAAAGUUUCUCUUUGAAUGGAUUUUGGAUAACUGUUCCGAAGAUAUCCAAUUUCUCUCAAAACGAACUCAAAAUACCAGUAUUAGCCUCGUUCAGUCAAUGACAAUAAGUUCAUUUGAAAAGCUCUCGUACGCUGAAGCCAUAGAACAUUUGAAAAAGGUUACCAAUAAGACAUUUGAAUCAAAAAUUGAAUAUGGUGUUCCUCUAACUGAAGUACACACAAGCUAUUUGGCUGAUGAAAUCUAUAAGAAGCCCGUACUCAUAUACAAUUAUCCGAAAGAAGUUAAGCCAUUCCAUAUACGACAGAAUGAUGAUGGUGAAACAGUAGCAGCAUUUGAUAUCAUUGUCCCAAAGGUUGGAACAUUGGUUAGAGGAAGCCAAGCCGAAGAACGCAUGGAUAUGCUGGAGAAAAGGAUGAAGGAAUUUAGCCUGCCAAGAGAGCAAUAUGAAUGGUAUUUGGAUCUUUGCCGGCAUGGGACCGUCAAACACUCUGGUUUCAGCAUUUCAUUUGAUCUUGUGGUUCUCCUUGCUACUGGCCUCACCAAUGUUCAAGAUGUGAUUCCUUUCCCCAUAAGUCAUGGUAGAAUCCGCAAUUAAGUCAGUUGCCAAGGCUUUAAAAUUGGAGAAUGUAUAUAUAACGUACACGCACUUGUCUUUAAUUUCUUACAUGGUGACCAGGAAGAAUUUCUUUAUGCGUAUUUGAAUUGCUCACACAUGCUUAUUUUUUGUU